UCGGGCGCGAGCCCUGCCGGUGGCACUCGGUGAUCUUAGGUCCCCUCGCUCUCGGCCGGGACGCAGGAGAGAGCAGCGCGCGGCCGGGGCGCUAGGUGGUUCAGGCGGGGGCGGCCAAUGCGAAACUGGCUGGUGCUGCUGUGCCCGUGCGUGCUCGGGGCCGCGCUGCACCUCUGGCACCUCUGGCUGCGCUCCCCGCCGCCCCCCCGCGCCUCCGGGCCCGGCGCGGCAGGUCAAUCAGCCUUAUUUCCUCAGUGGAAAUUUAGUCACUACGAUGUGGUGGUUGGUGUGUUAUCAGCUCGAAAUAACCAUGAACUUCGAAAUGUGAUAAGAAACACCUGGCUGAAGCAUUUGUUGCAACAUCCUACUUUAAGUCAACGUGUGCUUGUGAAGUUCAUAAUAGGUGCUCGUGGCUGUGAAGUGCCUCUGGAAGACAGAGAGGACCCUUACUCCUGCCGACUGCUCAACAUCACCAAUCCAGUUUUGAAUCAGGAAAUUGAGGCCUUCAGCUUUCCUGAAGAUGCCUCCUCAUCCAGACUCUCUGAAGACCGAGUUGUCAGCGUGAGCUUCCGUGUUCUCUACCCAAUCGUGAUUACCAGUCUUGGAGUGUUUUAUGAUGCCAGUGAUGUUGGCUUUCAAAGGAACAUCACAGUCAAGUUGUAUCAGGCAGAGCAGGAGGAGGCCCUUUUCAUUGCUCGAUUCAGUCCUCCGAGCUGUGGCAUACAGGUGAACAAGCUAUGGUACAAGCCUGUGGAACAGUUCAUCUUACCAGAGAGCUUUGAAGGUACAAUCGUGUGGGAAAGCCAAGAUCUCCAUGGCCUCGUGUCCAGAAACCUACACAGACUGACAGUGAAUGAUGGAGGGGGUGUUCUCAGAGUCAUUACAGCUGGGGAAGGGACACUGCCUCAUGAAUUCAUGGAAGGCGUGGAGGGAGUUGCAGGUGGCUUUAUCUACACUGUUCAGGAAGGAGAUGCACUGUUACAAAGCCUUCAUUCGAGGCCCCAGAGACUUUCAGACCACAUACGGGAUCUGCGAGUGGAAGAUGCCUUACUGCAGGAGGAGAGCAGCGUCUUUGAUGACAUUGUCUUUGUAGAUGUUGUGGACACUUACCGGAAUGUUCCUUCAAAAUUACUGAACUUCUAUAGAUGGACUGUGGAAACCACCAGCUUCAAUUUGCUGCUGAAGACAGAUGAUGACUGUUAUAUAGACUUAGAAGCUGUGUUUAAUAGAAUUGCUCAGAAGAAUCUAGAUGGGCCUAACUUCUGGUGGGGAAAUUUCAGGUUGAAUUGGGCAGUGGACAGAACUGGAAAGUGGCAGGAGCUAGAAUACCCCAGCCCAGCCUACCCUGCCUUUGCAUGUGGGUCAGGGUAUGUGAUCUCCAAUGAUAUUGUUGACUGGCUGGCAAGCAACUCUGGAAGGUUGAAGACCUAUCAGGGUGAAGAUGUCAGCAUGGGCAUUUGGAUGGCAGCCAUAGGACCUAAAAGACACCAGGACAGUCUGUGGCUAUGUGAAAAAACCUGUGAGACAGGAAUGCUGUCUUCUCCACAGUACUCACCACAAGAGCUGAGUAGACUGUGGGAACUGAAGGAACUGUGUGGGGAUCCUUGUCAUUGUGAAGCAAAAGCGCUGUGAUCCCCAAAGACCAGGGACUGUAAGUCUGAGGAGGAGACCCUGUGGCUGGUGUUGGGCCGUAAGCAGUAUGAUUAUUACCAGUGUUUGCACAGAUCUUAAUGAAUCAGCUGAUACUGUAGCAUAAGUUUUUAUUUAUAGAUUGGAAGAUUAUUUAAUACCAAAUCAUUUU